AUGAGAUCGUUGCCCCGCCACCAUCAAAAUUCCUUUUCGUCCAUUUCCUCAACCCUCCUCACUCACUGAGUCACUCCCUUCUCCGUCUGGUUCAGUCGCACACAUACCUUCAGAGAGAAAGAGAGAGAGAGAGAGAGAGAGAGAAAGAGAUCAUGGAGACCAAGCCAAGUGAAAUCGGCAGUUCGAAGAUGUUCGGAGGGUACAACAAAAGAUACAAGCAUUUCAGCCCGACUUUGGGAUGCUCCAUGACUUUCCACAUCUACUUCCCCCCUUCACCUUCCCCUUCCCCCAAAUUCCCUGUACUUUACUGGCUUUCUGGUCUUACCUGCACGGAUGAAAAUUUUAUUUCUAAAUCAGGAGCUCAGCGUGUAGCUUCAGAUGAAGGCGUUGCUUUAGUUGCCCCUGACACAUCUCCAAGAGGAUUGAAUGUGGAAGGAGAAGCAGACAGCUGGGACUUUGGUGUAGGUGCUGGAUUUUAUCUUAAUGCUACACAAGAGAAGUGGAAGAACUGGCGUAUGUAUGAUUAUGUCGUCAAGGAAUUGCCAAAACUUUUGGACGAAAAUUUUUCACAACUUAAUACAUCACAGGCAUCUAUAUUUGGCCAUUCCAUGGGCGGGCAUGGGGCUCUGACCAUCUACUUGAAAAACCUUGACAAGUAUAAGUCAGUAUCUGCAUUUGCACCAAUUGCCAAUCCCAUAAACUGUCCCUGGGGCCAGAAGGCUUUCACAAAUUAUCUAGGCAGUGAUAAAGCUGAUUGGGAGGAAUAUGAUGCCACUUGCCUUAUUUUGAAGUUUAAUGAUGUGCAUGCUACCAUUCUAGUCGAUCAGGGGGAGGAUGACAAGUUCUUGCAUGAUCAGCUGCUGCCACACAAGUUUGAGGAGGCAUGCAGGAGUGUUAAAGCUCCACUCCUUUUGCAGUUGCAGCCUGGUUACGAUCACUCCUACUAUUUCAUUGCCACCUUCAUUGAUGAUCACAUCCGCCACCAUGCUCAAGCUCUUCGCCAAUUCUCCAUGCUCUAAAGGAACUUGGCCAGAGACAUUUGAAGGGUUCGCUUAUUUGGCAUGUCUAUAAUCUUCAUGUGGAGAUCAUGGAGCAUUUAUUUUGGCAUUGCAUGUUCAUCAGCUUAACUUCUAUCUUAUCAUAAUUUUGGCAUUGCAUUGCCAGAGACGUUUGUUUCCUGCUCUUCUCAAAAGUAGUUCUUGGCAAAGUAGUACCCAUUAUUUGGGAUAUUUUAGACAGAUAAAUUAUAAAUCGUAUUGAUUGGCUUCAUUAUAUUGAAGCUAUCUAGGCUUAUGCUCAUGAAUAUUGCUUA